AUGCACUACGCUGCCGGGGCGCUGUUCAGGCUGGUGAGUGGGGGCUGGGUGGUGGGGUCUCUGGAUCUCCUUGGUAGUCCUGCCAGUCUGGUGAGGUCCUUCGGUAACGGAGUAUCAGACUUCUUCCGUCUGCCAUACGAGGGUUUGACCCGGGGCCCCGGGGCCUUCGUCAGCGGAGUGUCACGAGGAACCACCUCAUUCGUCAAACACAUCUCUAAAGGCACGCUGACGUCCAUCACCAACCUGGCGACCAGCCUGGCCAGGAACAUGGACCGGCUGUCCCUGGACGAGGAGCACUAUACCAGGCAGGAGGAGUGGAGGAGGCAGCUGCCUGAGAGCCUGGGGGACGGACUCAGACAGGGCCUGUCUAGACUGGGCAUCAGCCUACUGGGAGCGAUAGCUGGCAUCGUGGACCAGCCCAUGCAGAACUUCCAGAGGGGAUCAGAGAUGCAGAGUUCAGCAGGCAGCAAGGCCAAAGGGGUCAUCUCUGGAGUGGGGAAAGGCAUCGUGGGGGUCUUUACCAAACCUAUAGGGGGCGCUGCAGAGCUGGUCUCGCAGACGGGACACGGUAUCCUUCAUGGAGCUGGUCUCUGGCAGCUCCCAAACAGCUGUACCUCCCAGUAGACCAGAAGUCAGCCCUCGCGCCCAACAGUCACGCCAAAUACGUCUGG